CAGAUGACAUGGCACCAAAGUGGUGGGCAUGGUCCUCAGGAGGGAGGAGCUGAACCAAUGGCAACCCAAACAUUAAACGGUUAACUGAAAACCCCAGUGCCAUUUGGCGGUAAGCAACGGAGAAUCCUAUGUCAAAGGCCUCUUCCUCGUCAAGUUUCAUGCUCGAUUCCGUCUUCACUCUCGUGCCUCUCCCUUUUGUCCUUUCCUCUUUCACAGUUUGCGUCUGUAACCUUAUAUAUACAUAGCUAGACAAUCUCACAUGCACCUUCGCAACAACGCAGAGUUAUUGCUGCUUCUCCUGCUACCUCUCGAAAAUCCAAGCUCAUAAUUGGUUCCAUUCUGUUACUAUAUAGAUACACAUAGCCUCAAAACUGGAUUGGAGUAAAGGGAAAGUGAGUCCUCUAGUGAGCAGCAUAAGAGCAAGGUUACGGCCCAGACCGAUGCCGUUGAAUAUAUUUCAGGACUUAGGUGGAUUGCCCCGUAUUAUAUUGACUGAACCUACUGGUUCAUCUGCAGAGGUGCUUCUAUAUGGAGGCCAGAUUGUUUCCUGGAAGAAUGAGCAGAGACAAGAACUUCUUUUCAAGAGCAGUAAGGCUAACUGGAAACAACCUAAAUCAAUCAGAGGAGGGAUAUCAGUCUGCUUUCCUCAGCAGUUUGGGAAUAUGGGUUCGCUUGAUCAACAAGGAUUUGUAAGGAACAGAUUGUGGUCACUGGACAGAGACCCAUCUCCUUUACCUCCAUCUGACAAUCACUCAUCCGUGGAUCUGAUCUUAAAGUCCACCCGGGAAGAUUUAAAGAUCUGGCCACGAAGUUUUGAGCUCAGGCUUCGCAUCACCCUUAGUGCUGGAAAGCUCGUUCUGGUUCCCCGAGUCAGAAACACUGACAAUAAGCCUUUAUCCUUUACCCUUGCUCUCUGCAACUACUUAAGUGUAUCAGAUAUCAGUGAAGUUCGGAUUGAGGGGCUGGAGACACUUGAUUAUCUUGAUAAUCUCGUCAAUAGAAGCAGAUUCACAGAGCAAGCAGACGCAAUCACUUUCGAUGGCGAGGUGGAAAGGGUUUACCUGCGAACACCAUCUAAAAUCGCCAUCAUAGACCACGAGAAGAAAAGAACAUAUGAGAUGAAGAAGAGCGGCAUGGCAGAUGCAGUGGUGUGGAAUCCAUGGGAGAGAAAAGCGAAGGCGAUGUAUGAUAUGGGCGAUGAAGAUUACCAGAGCAUGAUAUGUUUGAGUUGUGCAGCAAUUGAGAAUCCAGUGGCAUUGAAGCCUGGUGAAGAAUGGAAGGCGUAUCAGGAGAUCUCCACUGUGUCUUCCAGUUAUUGCAGUGGGCAAUUGGAUCCUCGUAGGGUCAUCCAUGGCUUUCACUGAUCUUCUUGAUCGACUCACACACACAUACACACACAUAUAUGUCUGUGUGUUGAAAAUAAAGUGAGUUAACUCAUGUAUCCACAAAGGAAGCUCCAUCAUCUGAUGCAGGGACUCCAGUUUUCUCUAGACAAGUUCAUCAGUUGAUCUUUGUGGUUUAUUUAAGUCAGGAAAAACUGAACCUUUUUGGUUUGGUUAUGUUGAUGGUGUCCUACAUUUCACUGAGGUUUGUGUGAAUAAUGCGAGUAAUGAGAAGCUCUAUAUUUGCCCACGUGCAUUACUUUGCUCAUUA